CAAUCAUCGUCCUCCCAAGGCUACUCGUCGUCAGGUCCUCCUGGUCCGCCCAACUACCCCGCGUACCCUAACGCAACUCCACCACAAUAUCCCAGCCACGACAUUUCCAUUCAACAGCUCUCACAAGAAGCUCAAGCGCCAUCCCCACCUCAGCCUGAGAUUGCCGUCGCGUUCAAGCAGCGACCUCUGUUUUGUGUAGUGUGCGCAAGCAACCAGAACCGCUCAAUGGAAGGCCACUUCGUGCUCGCUAAAGCAGGCUUUCGUGUGAUAUCCUCAGGGACCGGCUCCGCAGUGCGGCUGCCCGGUCCCGCGAUUGACAAACCCAACAUAUACCCAUUCGGCACGCCUUAUAAUGACAUUUAUGAGCAGCUACGCGCCCAAGACGCUCGCUUGUACACGGCAAAUGGACUGCUUCAGAUGCUGGACAGGAACAGACGCCUCAAGGGAGCCCCGGAAAGAUGGCAGGAGACCAAGACGGUGGCAGACAUAGUGAUUACUUGCGAGGAGCGGUGCUUUGACGCAGUAUGCGAUGAUCUCCUGACGAGAGGCGGGGACUUCAACAAGCCUGUGCACGUUAUCAACAUAGAAAUCAAGGAUAAUCACGAGGAGGCGCAUAUUGCGGGCAAGGCUAUGGUCGAUUUGGCCACGGCGAUUGAAAAUGCAAAAGACGUGGACGACGAGAUGAGUGCCAUCUUGCAGAACCACCAAGAGAAGCAUCCGCACAACAUCUUGCAUGCCAUCGCGUACUACUAG